AUGGGCUCGUCGCGCCAAGAUGAGUCGGAGAGAGUCUCAAGCGAAUCCAACUCGGCAGAUGGCCAUACGCCAACUACCGCAGGGUCUGAUCAGCAGCUGAGCCAUCGCUCACCUUCUUCACAUCCUGAUCUCGCUGGCGGCGAUCGAGUCUUUCCAAUUAGCUCUGUAGUCCGCGUUGACCCGAUUUCAGAUGACGACCAGUUCCCGCACUUGGCCGAGGCGGAUAACCAUGGCCCCGGCAUUCCGGUACAUCUCCUCAGCUCUACAAACCGAACAGACUCUUGGGGCGAUGUGCGAAGGCUAGAAACUGAACUUGUGUCGCCGACAUCACCAACUCCAUCAACCGAUCGAGCUGCCCAAAUACGACAGAAGAGGGCCAUGAGUGGGCCUUAUAGUAGUCUUCAGGCGGAUGCCGUUCGCCACAGUUCAUCGACCCCUUUAAAUCUGGAUCUAUCCAUCUCAGAUCUAGAUGAUGACGAAUCAGAAGCUCUUGGCGAUGAUGGAGAAUCCAAAGACGAUUCAUUAGCUCCGGCUGACGUAUCUGUGAAUUUGGACAGCCAGUCACACGAGGAGAAUGUGCAUAUUUCAACGCCCUUUACGCAUGUCAUGACAGACGAAGGCCAUGCUGUCAUAACUGGGAGAGAUGGAGUUUUGCAAAGAUGCGAAGAUGAGCCUAUUCAUAUCCCCGGCGCGAUUCAGAGCUUCGGAGUCCUUUUGGCCAUGCGCGAAGAGGGUGAAGGCCAGUUCGUUGUGCGAUAUGUCAGCGAGAACAGCAAGAGACUCCUUGGUUAUACGCCUCAGCAAUUAUUUCGACUCGAAAGCUUCCUCAACAUACUGACUGAAGAGCAGCAAGACAACCUCCUAGAUCAUAUUGACUUUAUUCGAGACGAGGAUGCUGAUCCUGCUGCCAAUGGACCUGAAGUUUUUGGCAUCUCGAUAAGGCCCAGAAGGGAGAGAAAGAGCGUCAAGCUUUGGUGUGCUAUGCACAUCAACCCAGUCCACCCUGAUUUGAUCAUUUGCGAAUUCGAAAAGGACGAUGAUGAAGAGUUUCCUCUUAGGCCUCUGGAAGAGAGAAGCGAGGUUACGCCUACUGACACCCUCAAUGGUAAUCCUACCUUGGAGCAGAUCGAGGAAAGUACAGAAAUCUUAAGCAAGCCUCUUAGGGUCUUGCGAAGCGCCAGAAAAAAGCGAGGCGACCAAGGAGCAAUGCAGGUCUUUGAUAUCAUGUCCCAAGUUCAGGAGCAGCUCUCGUCGGCCCCUGACCUCGAUAUUUUUCUUAAGGUCCUCAUUGGUAUAGUCAAGGAACUCACGGGAUUCCACAGGGUCAUGAUAUAUCAGUUCGAUGCUUCGUGGAACGGUAAGGUUGUGGCCGAGCUGGUGGAUGCCUCAAAGACGACCGACCUGUACAAAGGACUCCAUUUCCCAGCAUCCGAUAUUCCCGCUCAAGCACGCGAUUUAUAUAAGCUGAAUAAAGUUCGGCUGCUUUACGACCGAGACUUAGAGUCUUCAAGAAUCGUCUGUCGGACCAAGGAGGAUCUUGACGUACCCCUGGAUAUGAGCCAUGCGUAUUUACGGGCCAUGUCCCCCAUUCACCUAAAAUACCUGGCCAACAUGGCCGUGAGAUCAUCCAUGUCAAUCUCUCUCAAUGCAUUUAAUGAACUCUGGGGGCUGAUGGCAUGCCAUUCAUACGGGAAUCACGGCAUGAGAGUGUCGUUUCCGAUUCGGAAAAUGUGUCGCUUGGUCGGGGAUACGGCCUCAAGAAACAUUGAGAGGUUAUCAUAUGCUUCUAGGCUGCAGGCUCGCAAGCUAAUCAACACUGCACCAACCGACAAGAAUCCCACUGGAUAUAUAAUUGCGUCCUCCGACGAUCUUCUACGGCUGUUCGAUGCAGACUUUGGUCUGCUUUCUAUUAGAGGAGAGACCAAAAUUUUAGGCGUCAUUGAACAGAGCCAAGAAACCUUGGCAAUGCUCGAAUAUCUUCGGAUGCGCAAUCUGACAUCAGUGGUUGCGUCACAGGAUAUAAGAGAGGAUUUCCCAGAUUUGCAGUAUCCCCUUGGAUUUCAAGUCAUUGCAGGUCUUCUCUACGUCCCGUUGAGCGUUGGUGGCCACGAUUUCAUUGCUUUUUUCCGCAAAGGGCAAAUUAAGGAAGUCAGGUGGGCUGGAAAUCCAUACGAAAAGACACUUCGAGAAGGCACCGAAGCCUAUCUGGAGCCUCGCGCAAGCUUCAAAAUAUGGAAUGAACUGGUCAUCGGUAAAUGUCGCGAAUGGGUUGAAGAGCAGAUCGAAACUGCAGCGGUGCUCUGCUUAGUCUACGGCAAAUUUAUUGAAGUUUGGAGAGAAAAGGAAGCCGCUUUACAAAAUACUCGGUUGACUAGGCUUCUGCUAGCCAACUCAGCGCAUGAGGUCCGCACGCCACUUAAUGCCAUCAUCAAUUACCUCGAGAUUGCUCUUGAGGGGUCCCUCGACCAAGAAACUAGAGAUAAUCUUGCCAAGUCAUACUCAGCCUCGAAGUCGUUGAUAUAUGUCAUCAAUGACCUUUUAGACCUGACCAAGACUGAGGAAGGCCAGCAUUUGGCAGUACAGGAAACAUUUGAGCUCCUCAAUUGUGUCAAUGAAGCUCUAGAUCCGUUCCGAAUUGACGCCGAGAGGAAAGAGAUUGAAUAUCAGGUCACGCACCAUCCUGGGCUGCCUCGGUUUGUUCAAGGUGAUAGCCGGCGUGUUCGUCAAGUUAUCACAAAUAUUACAGCAAAUGCGAUAGCGCAUACAACGUCCGGAUAUGUUAAUGUGGAUAUUUUUGUUGCCGAUGUUAGAGAGGAUGGGAAAGUCGUUGUGGAGAUUGUUGUUGAAGAUUCUGGCAGCGGCAUGACCCCCUUGCAAAUGGAUGGACUCUUUCGGGAUCUCGAGCAAGUCGGCACGGAAGAGUUGGAGUUGCAGGCGCCAUUUGAAGAAAGGGGGAAACCACAAGAACUGAAGACUCUAGGACUUGGACUGGCUGUUGUUGCUCGAACCAUUAGAAACGCAGGUGGUCAACUGCGGCUGAAAUCGAAGGAAGGGGAAGGUUCAAGAUUUGUUAUCCAACUGCCGUUCCAAUUGCCCGGAGAGUCGCCGCAUUCGGAGGGAGAUGGAUCUUCAAACGGGCCCAUCUCUUCUAACAAAGACGUUCCAGCUUCGAAGUCACUACCCCUGGCGCAAGAAAGCGAGAUACUUUUGAUUGACCCUAGCAAAAACAUGGGAGACGCUGCUCUUGCGGAACGGCUGAGCAUUGACAGUCGCCGUAGUGCUGCAAGUCAGGAUGGAAGUCAGAAGAGCGACGCAGAGCGCCUGAUCGAUGCCAUCAAGACCCCGUUAUCUCUGAAAGAAAAGGAUUCGGAAUACUUUACGCCCAAAGCCCAGGUGCCUAACACUUCUAACCCUACCAACACAAGCUUUUCUAUUCCCAUGAACGCGCCUACCAGCCAUAAGCUUACCAACAACCUUGUCGAUGAGGAUGUUGGCACCGCUAAGAUCCGCGAUUCGAAAAUGCCCGUCCGGGCGAUCAAAGUACCCGACGAAUUUAUCGAUAUCCCCCGGGCACCUCAACAUAAGAGGACAGGAAGUAUUUCCGAGGCCGGUACAGAUGCAACCGAAACGAAACGUCCGCCUUCCAUCGCUAAAAGUUCUGCUGCUGGUGCUGGCAGCAACGCAUUAUGUGUGCUCGUCGCAGAAGACGAUCCCAUUAACAUGAAAAUUCUGAUAAAGCGACUGGAAAGAACUGGUAAUACAAUUCAUGCCGCCGUCAAUGGAGAGAUCUGUGCAGCAAUAUAUAGCGAGAGUUCGUCUGCGUUUGAUGUUGUCCUGAUGGACAUGCAGAUGCCUAUUGUUGAUGGUCUAACCAGCACUAAGUUGAUCAGAGCAAUGGAAAUAUCACCUGAACACAAGGGUCAUUCACCAUUGGCCUCGAGAUGUGGUCGUAUACCGAUAUUUGCCGUAUCAGCCUCUCUUGUCGAAGAGUCAAAGGAUACAUAUGUCGACGCAGGCUUUGAUGGAUGGAUCCUGAAGCCUAUUGAUUUUAGGAGACUCGCAACGCUUCUUCGGGGCAUCUAUGAUGACGAAACUCGAAACUCAUGUAUAUAUGUUCCUGGACAAUGGGAAAGGGGUGGCUGGUUUACGGAAUCUACAGAGACUGUGCUUGACGAUGGAAAAGCUUGA